AUGACAUUAAACCAAACAGCUUUUAGAUCUCUUUCAAGUCUGACUCAAUUGGCAAUGUUAUCAAUCUUAACCUAUUCAGAAGAUAUUCCAGUGUCGAUUAUUCCAUCAAGUGUAAAGACACUUGAAAUUAGAAUGACAGGAGUGUUUGGUCGUGAGAUGGUGACAAUCCCUGACACUAUAGAAUCACUCAAGUUGUCAGGCUAUCAAAUGACAAGGGUCAAUACUCUACCAACCUCAAUUACAAAACUGGUGCUUGACAAACCAUCUCUAUUCAAUAUGAGUGUACCAAUCACUCUUCCAAGCAAUGUACAAGAGUUUACUUUUAUCCUUGGAUAUAUUCAUUUGGAUGUCAAAUAUAUUGAGUUUUUAUAUCCUCCUAAUCUUAGAUUCAUUGAUUUCAGUCAUCAAGGAGUCCCCUACAAACCAACUAAUAUUCCAACCUCUGUUAGUGAAUUCAAAUACCAAGUUUUAAAUAUAUUAGUCCACUCUGUUGGCGAUGAUGACGGUCUAAUAUUCCUAUCAACUCUUAAAAAAUUAUCUGUACACAUGGACAUUGUGAGAGGAAUCGAUAGGUGUUGGGUACUUCAAUUAAACUAUGUAAUCAAUCAAACAAGUGUAGAGACUCUAGUCAUCGAAGCAUUUCAUUUCCAAGUUGAUAUUCGUCGUAGACUGGAUGGCCAAAAUAGAAAUGUAUUGAUUGUUGGUAAAUCUCUCAAUGGUGGAAUUAUGCAUCAACAAAUUGUUCAACGUAUUGAAGAAAUGAAAAAGAUAUCUUUAUUUUAA